AAGUCUGGCCCAUACCCAUUAGAAUUCUACAAAAACUCAGUUGAUGACAUGUACAGUGAUUGCAAAGACGAGAUGACAGAAAAGAUCAAAGAGUUUAGUAAAGAACUGAAACAGAAGGAUUAUGACUGGGAAAAUGAAAAAAAACAAAUUAUUAAAUAUCAUCCAUUUCUGACUCCGGAUGAACUGACAGCUCUUCGUGUCUACACUAAAAAUGAAAAUGGAGUUUAUCGCAAGUUUAACAUUGCAACUAGGACAGGUAAAAGUGAAUAUGGCGACUCAUUUGAGUACCACACUUUACAUUUCUUACUUGCAUCGGCUAUACAGAAAUUAAAAAAAGAUGACAAAAAUAAAAACUAUAUAACUUAUAGAAGAACCACAAGUACCUUUGAAAAAAAAGAAGAGAAAAUUCGACUUGGCAGCUUUACAUCCAGCUCUCUGAAUCCAGAUUUUAAAGACUAUGGGAAUGAAACAUGCUUUAAAAUUACAACCAACUAUGGUGCCGACAUAAUAAAGUAUUCAGCUCAUCCUGAAGAGGAAGAAGUGCUCAUACCACCAUAUGAGGAGUUCAAGUUUGUAGAGGAAGAAGUUAAAGCCCUGAGUGAUUGUAAGACUGUCUAUGUCUUGAAAAGUACUGGUACUAAGAGCAAUCUGGAUUGCAAUCUAGUUAAGAAAAACUCACUAUUUUGUUGUUUUGGAUGA